AUGUCAGCGUUAAUAAACCAGAGCCAACCGUCUCGUCCUCCAGCUGGCCGAACUGCCCCUCCAUCCGCCACUGGUCCUUCGUCUCCUCAAUCCAAUAUCUUCGUCCCAGACUACCCAGUUGCUGGUUUCUCACCCACAAAUCCUCAUUAUUUUGAAAAGCCAGAGCUUUCCCCACAACAAGGCCAAUUUCGUAGCCCACAAACACAGAAAACACAGCAGGGAUCAUCAUCCCAACAAAGUUCUCCCCAAGAAAGAAGAUCAGGAAAGGCUCCGGCUUCAAACUCCAACGUGAGAAUACCGGACACUAGAGGGAACCAACCCUCAUCUAGCAGACAGCCAGAGAGAAAUCCUCAACAACCCAGAACACAACCCACAGCAGCAGCAAUGGGUGGAAGCACAACAGCAGCAGCAGCAGCAGCAGGGCCCUCGGGAGCCAAUUCGAGUCAAAAAGCCGGACCGAGCGGGGUCGGAAUGGGUGGACCAAGUUAUGGAACCGGUGGAAUGGGUGGGAUGGGUGGGAUGGGUGGAGUGAACGAGGGCGGGGCACCUGGGACUGGGACUGGUGGCGUCGGAGGCUCUGGCGCGGCAGGCGGAGGAAAAGGUAGCCCGUCAGAUAACCGGCAACGGCGUCCCAGUGAGUCCACUCGUGGCCCUAAACUUCUUACAGCGACAGGAAACCAACCAAAUUCAACUGUAUCAGCAGCAACAACAGCAUCGCCUUUCCCACAUGCAUUUGAAAGAUGGGAAAUGCUAUCGGCGCAAUGGGAAGGUUUGACGAGGUAUUGGAAUCGACGGCUGGAGCAGCACCAGGAGGAAAUUUCGAGGGACCCAUUAGCAGUUCAGAUGUCGAGGAACAUCACUGAUCUUUCUGCAGCUGGUGCAAACUUGUUCCAUGCAGUUGUUGAACUGCAAAGAUUAAGGGCAUCUUCAGAGCGAAAGUUUCAACGAUGGUUUUUCGAAACGAAGGCUGACCAAGAGAGGUCCCGAGAGAUGACUUCGGAGCUUGAGAAUACUCUCAGAAACGAGAGGCAGAAAAGAGCCGAUGCGAUGUCCAAGAUUACGAAACUGGAGAAAGAUAAGGCGACCGCCGAAAAGCUUGUUGAAGAGGUAAGGCGGGAGCUGCAGAUAUCGCGGGAGGAAGCGAGACGGGCAUGGGAAGAGCUCGGCCGACGCGAGCAGGAAGAACGCGAAAGAACGAACAGUCUGCGCGGAGGCCACCCGACGCUAGUUGGAGGUGUCCAAGUCUUGCCUAUGCCAAUGCCUGGCGUGCCAAAUCGCGGCCCAGGCGGUGCCAGUGGAGGCGGUGGAAACGCCAGCAAUGGUAGUUCGGGCGGCGCACGUCAGCGAAGCUCGACGUCAGGCCCCCCGCCACAAAGCUCGCAUGGCCACCCACCGGUAGCUGCAGCUAUUGUUCAACCUAUUUCUCAACCCACCGGUCCUACAGGUGAUGUAGUCCAUCCCGCUUCCCCUCAAUACUCCCAAGAUGCCCUGAGCGAGGGUGGCAGUGCCUAUAUCGGCCACGGCGAUGAAGGAUAUCGUGCACCAUCUUUGCACCAUGAACCCCACCUCCCAGUAGUCCCUUCCCCCCCUCCAAUGUCUGGUCAACCUCACCACGGUAGCCCACAGCGCCAUGCAGGGCAGCAGCAGCAGCAGCAACAGCAGCAACAGCAGCAACAGCAGCAACAGCAGCAGCAUCAUCAUGUUCAACAACCCAUGGCACCCCAUUAUCCUUCCUCCUCGAGCCAACAGCGGAAUAUUGCGGCAAUGAAUGACCCUGCGGCAUUCUACCAACAACCUCCGCAAGGCUACCUGCACUCGGUGCCAGAACGGACAUUCUCCCCUGGAGAAGAAUCUGUGGUUUCCGAACCGGGACGGCCAUCGAGCCAGGCCUCGGUGACAAUAUCCGACCCAGGAUCCGACGAUGAGGACGACCCGUGGGCCAGAGAUGACCAAGGCCGUGUCUUCCGUGAUGAAAGAGGACGUGCAAUGACCCAAAGCCAGGUCGAACAUCGGCGCCAACAGGCUGCCUACCAGCACCCACAGGCACAGCCGUACCAAUACUAUCCAGGGCCUGGUCCACAAGGACCACCACCUCCGGGCCAGGACCAACCCGGCCAACCCGGCCAACCCGGAUAUGGUGGUUACGGGCCCGGCUGGGAGGGAAUAGCUAGACAUCACCACCCUACCCGGUUGAGCGAAAUUCUUGAGGAAGAGGAGAGAACGGCCACAUCGUUGAGUGGUGAUGACGAUAGGAGAAGGUGA